UUUUCACGUCUGCAAGCUGGAUUCCUGAAACGCGAAACAGUAGAGCGCGGCAUCCUCCAAUUAGGUCUUCUCUAUAUAUAAAUUUUCCAUCACCGAGAAGAUCAGAAGCCAAGCCUCCACCGUCACAUCAAUCCAUCUCGCUCCCGCAAGUUCCAGCGAGGCGUAGCUGGGUAUCAAGAGAGGAAGACUCAGAUGAGGUGGCCGGAGCGGUUGGCCUUCUCUUUAUUUUGGCAUAGCUAGGGUUCCUCGGCGAGGGUCGUCGAGUUUCUUCGGGCGCGGGUCGUCGGUGAGGUUCAUGGCGUACAGGAGGAAAGUGGGAAGCGCUAGGGCAUCGAGUAUAGAGGACAUAGGAUCUGCUGCGGUGGAGGUGACGUCGGCAGUGACGUCUCCACCUCCGUAUUCCAUCGCCGCGCGGGCGAUCAGGGAUUCCUCAGCCCAUGGAGACUCCUCGCUGUCGUCUGUGUAUGGUCAGUCCGCCAUUGCCUCUGCGAAUAGGGAGUCCAAUCGACAGAAGGCGGCCAACGCUGGGCUGGAUGCUACUUCUUAUGAGUACACAUCAAUGAAUAAUUUGAAUGAAUCCAAAAAUGGUUUUUGGGGUGUUCUUGCUAGAAAAGCUAAAAGCUUUCUUGAAGAUGAUACUGCGGCUCAGAAACUUGAAACAUAUGAAAGAGAGCAUCCCAAGAUGGUUGAUAAGAAGUCUGUUAGACAGUUGCAGAUCAAUCAAACCCAACAGCCGCCACAGAUUUACUCAAAGAUGGAGAUUCCACCUCAAAAAAGCUCAGAUUCUAUAACUUCUUCCCUUAAUUACAUUGGUGGCACCAUAAAAAAUGCUCUUGAAGAAGGCUUGACAAUUGUGGAGAACAAAACAGCUGACAUCAUUCAGGAAACCCGAAAAUUGCAAAUCCGGAGAAAAGGAGCUAGCCAAACCGGACAAAAUCAGGAUAAAAACAAAACAUCUUUGAACAGCUUCCCUCAAAUUCAGUCUGAUUAUGAAACACAACUGAAGGCAUCCCGCGACGUUGCAAAUGCAAUGGCUGCAAAGGCCAAACUACUUAUGCGGGAGAUGAAGACUGUCAAGGCAGAUCUUGCUUUUGCAAAGGAACGAUGCACUCAACUUGAAGAGGAGAACAGAAUGUUAAGAGAGGGUCUUGAGAAAGGCAGCAAUCCAGAAGAUGAUGAUCUGAUAAGGUUACAAUUGGAGACAUUGCUAGCAGAGAAGGGACGACUGGCGCAUGAGAACUCUGUCUAUGCUCGAGAAAACCGGUUCUUGAGAGAGAUCGUCGAAUACCACCAGCUCACAAUGCAGGAUGUUGUUUACAUGGAUGAAGGCGCCGAGGAAGUCACCGAAGUCUACCCUAUUCCACCCCUCUCAACUCUAUCUGCUAUCGCACCGCGAAGCUCAUCUCCAGAACUCGCCUCCAUUUUUGUUCCUGAAUCCUGUCCCAUAGUGCCGAUGCCGCCAUCGCCAUCACCAUCACCAUCACCACAUUCGUCCAGGGCCGCGACAACCAGGGCCGCGGCCGCAGCCACCAGUCCUCCUGAGUGA